CGACCGCGCGGACCUCCGACCUCAUGACCCGCGAAGAAGCACCGCUCCUCACCCGAGCCUUCGCCUCCAUGCGGGGCUGCCUCCUCGGGCGCAUGGCCAUCGUCCUCGGGGCAGUGGCCUUCUCGGUCAUCCUCCAUCUGCUGCCUCGUCGCGUUGCCAAUCAGGUGGCCGCCUGGGUGACCAUACUGCUCUUGACCAUCGCGCUAAGCGGGGGCAAGCACAGCGACGACGAUCGCAAGGCUACCGACGAUUACGACUUCCUCGACGACAACCAUCGCCCCGACGCGACGAACGACGACGGGUUCGAUGCCCACACCUUCCGCGCGAGCGCGUUCCUCUACUUGUCGUAUACGGUGACAACAUUGCUCAUUUGCACCUUUGUCGUGGAGGACGUCAUCCCUGCGUGUUUGAACCAUCUCACGGCCGCUGCGCAAGCUCUUUUUCAGCUUGGCUCUUCUGCUCCAGCGGUGAUCGACCUGGCAGAGUCUGACGAAGAGUUCGACGAAGAGUAAGACGACACAGAUAGCUAAAAGCUUCAAUUCUACUAGUACUGCAUAUGAACCUCGA